AUGCCUCCUUCAGUACAAACAAACAAACUCACCUCAACCCUGCGCCUUCUCAUCCCGCGCCUCCGCCUCCUCCAGAAGAAAGACACCGCGUCCUCCGUCAUCCAGCGCCGCGAACUCGCCCACCUCCUCGACGAAGGCCGCGAAUCGUCCGCCCGCAUCCGCGUCGAGAAUGUCAUUGCCACCGACAUCGCCGUCGAGGUCAUGGAGAUGGUCGAGCUGUACUGCGAGCUGCUCCUCGCGCGCGCCAACGUACUCGAUCAGGUCGCGUUCGGCGAGAAGGGCGCCCGUGCGCGCAGUCGCGCCAAGGAAGCCCUAAAGGCCGGGCAGGGUCAUCGUCAGCCUCAGCGGCAGAGCGCGAGCCCCGCACCGGCCCAGGUGGAUACGAGCACGUCCUCGAAAUCCUUCCUCGGCUUCUCGCUAUGGGGGUCGGGGUCGGGGUCGAAGAAGCAGGCCGGGGCUUCGGCUCCUGCUGCGGAUGUGGAUGCGGAUGCGUCGACGUUGCGAGGACGCAAGACCGAGGCGGAGGAGUCGGAAGAAGUCGCUGCCGCAGAGGCGGACCAGCGCAGUUACAUUGACCCCGCGCUCGACGAGGCCGCCGCUGUCAUCUUCUACGCCUGGCCGCGCUUCCCGCACGAGGUCCGCGAGCUGACCAUGCUGCGCGGCAUGCUUGCCGAGCGCUGGGGGAAGGAGUUCAUGGCUCUGGCGCAGGACAACAAACUUGAGGACGUGCGAGUGCCGGAGCGGGUCCUGAAGGCGCUGCGCGUGAAGCCGCCGACCCAGGAACUGGUCGACAGCUACCUCCGGGAGAUUGCACGGGCGUAUGGGAGUUCCUGGGGGGUGGAGGAUCAGGCUGAGCUCGGCGGCGCCCCAGAGUUUGUUGAUGAUGGCGAUGGCGAUGGCGAUGCUGCUAUCCCCUCGACCCCAUCGCGGCCGACGCUCGCAGAAGCGCGUCGCGCGUCUGAAGCCUCCGAGCUGAACAAGGCAACGCCGCCGCGUGGCUUCCACACUGGAAAGAGCCCUGUCAGCGUUGCGCCGCCGGGACCCCGGUCGGAUAACCCGAACCCCCGAGUCAAGGUUCCCGGGAGUGAUGUCGAGUCGGAGUCGCAGAUUGACGGGCAAAAGCCGCGGAAGAACAAUGCUGGUGGUCCGGGUUCGAUACCGGAGCUGGACGAGUUGACUCGAAGAUUCGCAGCGUUGCGCCGGUAA